GACACUCGCUUCGCCGAAAGAUAUUUUAAUAUAAAACGUAUACACCUGUAUCUAUAGAUAUAUAUAGAGAGAGGCACACACACACACGCGCGUGACGCGUGUCUAUAGAAAAGGCAUAUAAGAUAGACGUAUAGAUACGGAGCUGUUUUGUAAGCGAUCGUGCAACGACAUCUAGAAUUAAAAUAACCGCCCCCUCAAUCGCGCCGCGAUAACCUCUGAUCGGAAUCGACGUUUCCGCUAGAGCUGCUCUUCGCCGGACUCACCGGACGGAAGUGGCGCAUAACCUGAAUCGAUGCGACAUCAACAGCGUUGAACGAGGAUUGUUCUUCCGAAGAGAUCCACCCGCGAGAGAGGACCAAACGAAAAAUUCAAUCGCGUUUUGGUUAAUCGUCUAAGGGAGACCCGAGGAGGAGGAGGAGGAUGCAGUGAACCAUGAGGAACAACUACUUAGGUUGAAAGAAAUUCGUCAGAGAAUCGAAUCGCAUCUCCGGUUCCUGGUGGCCUCCACGGAGACCACCAGGACGAUAUUUUACAUCGACCAAAAGGACCGUCGUCUGUUCUCCAACGUACCUCGAAGGAUCCUCUUCGAUCAGUGAAGCUGGGACGAUAAAUAAUUCAGAAAUAGGAAACUUGUGUCGAGACUUGAUGCGCCACUCGGUGUUUCGUAAACCGUCUACACCGAAGAGCCGUAAAAUCGCGCGGACGUUGAAGCAGCUCGGUUAUCCGCGAGCUUUUCGCUAAAUUUUUUUGAUCGAAGAUAAGAGAAGAAAGAGGAGGGCAAGAUGCCGCGCUGUUACAUGGUGAAGAAGGCCCUGUGCAACAAGUACAUAAGCAGCGUUGCCAGAGGAUUCGAAAGCUGGGGUCGUGGAAGGAGCCCGCCAUCGCCAACCACCAUGCAGAUACCAGUCUCGCCCAUAGAAGGCAGCGUUGCACCCCCUGUUGCUCAAGAGUACCUGAGCGCGCAGUCCCAGGAAACGAGAGCGACGACAGGAAGGAAAACAGCGGAGCAAGAGGUAUCCAGGGAGAGGCUAAACGAGCCGAGCAAUGGGAACGCGACAUCCACGUCGAACGCAUCGAGCAAUGCCAUCAUCGUCGCGACGGAAGCUCCAGCGAUCGCCGCACGGACAGAGACGACGACGACGACGGUGAUUACCUGUACCACAGGUUCCUCCUCAAUAAUUAUCCCAGCAGCAACAGAGUCCAUCGGUUCCAGCGUCGAGAAUACGACAAUGGUGACGUCCGCGUUACCGUUCACCGCACCCAGAUCGCCGUCCAGUACAGUCACGGAACAACAGAUGAGCGUGCUUCAUCAUUUACCACCGGGAGAGCCGUCUCCUCCUUCGAGUACAGCGACGCCGUAUCAUCUGGAAGAAAGCACCAAUCAUUCGACGUCCGAAUCGAGGAUAGGGUCCGAUUGCAACGUCGUCGUGACCAACUACGCGUCCUCGAUGUUCAAAGAUCGUUCCGCAGCCGAAACGGAAGCCGCUCAUGAUCUGUUAGAAUUGUCGAGGUCUCUGCCACCCUUGCCACCUCCCAGCGUCGCCAUCGGACCACAAAGCGUAAUCGAGACUCCCGCGACCGACAUCCAAGAGAUGACCGUCUACCAACCGGACCAACCGAUCUACCAAGUGAACACCAUCGACUUAGCCAGCUCCACCGUGUACACCCAUCACCAACAACAGCAACCACCCACCGCGAGCAUCAUCUACGAGCCAAGCGCGACGAUCGUUCAGCAAACGGGCAGCGUGUUCAUACCUCUGUCGCCGGUGCAGGAGAUCCUGCUGACCUACAGCACACCGUCCAUCCCGUGCACGCCGAUCGUUGCCCAGCAACCGCCGCAACCGCCACCGCUGCAGCAACAGCAGCUUCAACAACACCAGCCCAUCGAGACUGCGCCACCGCUCACGCCCCCUACCUCCGAGUGCAGCAGCGACAUAGAGAACAACAAUCCCAAUUCGCAGCCCAGCCAAAAGGACAAGGAGGUACAGACGGUGACCGAGCAGACGGAAGUAAAACCGGCCAGUUAUACCUAUGACACUCUACUGGUGGCCGAUGGAAGGUCGAAGAACAAGAAGAUCGCGCCCAGUCAGAAGAACCAGGAGACCGAACCCAUCGAGACACCGGAGACGUCCAAGAUCGGUCGCUACGUCUGUUGCGAGUGUGGUAAACAAUACGCAACAUCCUCGAACCUGUCGCGGCACAAGCAAACCCAUCGCAGCAUCGACUCCCAGUCGGCGAAGAAGUGCAUCCACUGUGGCAAGGCGUACGUGAGCAUGCCCGCCCUGGCGAUGCACGUGUUGACACACAAGUUGACGCACAGUUGCGGCGUCUGCGGCAAGAUGUUCUCCAGGCCUUGGUUACUGCAAGGUCAUCUCAGAAGUCACACCGGGGAGAAGCCAUACGGUUGCGCCCACUGCGGCAAGGCGUUCGCCGAUCGGUCCAACCUGCGCGCCCACAUGCAGACCCACUCGGCCGAUAAGAACUACGAAUGUCACAAGUGUCACAAGUCGUUCGCGCUCAAGUCCUACCUGAACAAACACCUGGAAUCGGCAUGCCAGAGGGAGAACGACGAGAGCAGCAACGACGUCGAUACGCCCCAGUAACCGUGUUCCUUUUCGAUGGACGCUUGUCGACGCUGGGGUCUUUGAUCUUCAUCCGUCAGGUUCGCGUGAAAGAAGCGUAAAACCUUCCUGGACGAUGGGUCAAUUCGAUAACUUCAGCGACGACGGUGGAAUUCCUUGCUUCAACUUCCUCGAAAACUUUUCGAGAGCAUCGAAGUUCAGAACUACACACGAGGAGGAAGGUCCGUGAAGCGAGGCAAUCGAGCGUUUCUUGUCGUCAUCGUUGAUGCCACAGGUGAUCUUUCGCCUUUCGAACAGAAAUCUUCAUCGUCGUACGGCAUCCGACGCGAUCUGGAUAUGGGUAAGCGAACGAUGGUUCAUUAAAUUCACGGUCCAUGUGAAAAAAAAAAGAAACGGUUCGUUAGAAACGACUGGGAAUUUCAUCCCCUUGGAUUUUAUAAUCAGAGAAAGGAAGAAGAUCCGAAGGGGUUAAAAUUCCAAAGAAAGAGGAGAAAGUGUUUUGAACGUACAUACAGGGAUACUGUUUAAGGCUACGCUUAAAAGGAACGGCGAUUUUCUUGGCAUCGAUCGCGGACACGAUGCGAUUCAAACGGCAUUCCUCUUGUCCCUCCGCACUCAACGGAAAUCCGUUCACCGUCUGGUAAUCGAUAUUCGAAACUCGAGGGAAACGAAACGAAACGGCAAUCGUUCGUUCCUAAUGCUUGCUCGCGAUUAAGAAUCGACGAGGCUUUUUCGGUAAAUGCGGCUACAGCCGAAUUGAUGCAAUACUAUCGAGGGACCAUCAAUUUGUGAGUAAAAUUCAUUUCGAUACGACGAUCGGGUCGAGAAUCAAAGAGCUUUUUCGAGGAUAGACAUAAACAGCUUCGGAUUCUCAAGCUUUUAUCGUUAACUACUUUAUCCUCUUCGAUACUCGAAACUUUGGACAAACUUGGCCACGAUCAUCCUUUUAUCUUGUCUUCUUCGUUUUAUAAGAAACCUGUGUCUAUUCUCUUUACCUGGAACAGCAAACACUUUGUACUUUAUUCGAUUAGUUGAUUUAAGAUAUUUUAUUUGAUCGUUUACCUGGAUUUUAGGAUAAACAGCGUACCUGAAUUUCGUUAGAUAAAGGUAAAAAUGCUACUUAAAUGUUUCGUUCUAAUAUUCUGUAUGGAAAAUGGCCGAUUCGUGGUGGACGGUUAGGCGAAAACUUUUCUCCCAAAUUAGAAAUUUCCUCGAGACGUCUGGGAAGCGUCGUUUUUCCGAAAGUUCUAUCGACGCCGUCGGCGUACAAUGCAGGUAGAGAGGGGCAGAGGGCACACGUCGAAGGUUUUCAUCAACAUUUCACGUGAACUGGACCACCUGUUGAAUGCAGGAAUGACCAUUCGGUGGCAAAAGGGUCGCUCGUUCUGCUUCCCUGAAUUAUAGAACGUCCUCCUGUAAUUUCCUCAUUGUUAAAUACGCGAACUGAAUCGCGAUUCCGUCGCUUUCAAUCGUCGAAUGUAAACGUUAGACCAUCUUCGUUCCGAUGAUUUCUAGUCCAUAUGCUCUUUCAAUCGCUAUCCUAGUCGUAACGCGUUAUUUCCUUCUAGUCUAUUUAAUCUACUCGUUUAAUUAUAUCCAAAGUACUUGAAGACUCCAAAUUGUCCAUGUGAUAUUAAUUUAGUAUUUCCUCGUCGAGUAAGGCACGACUUGAAAAACAGAAGGAACAAGAGGAAUGCCGAGCAAUGAAAUAAAAUAAAAUAAAAUUGUCUGGUCAAUGGAAAACCAAAGAGAAAAAUAAACUGAGGAAGAGGAGAAGAAGAAGAAGAUGAAGAGACUUACCCUCUAGUCAGCGAGCUACGCUUGAAAUGUAUCGUUUUAUCUUAGGUUGCCCUACGAUAAGGGGGCAGGCGUAUAUAGUCAGGGUGGAAAUUUUCAUUUCGUUCGUCCGUGUGUUGCUUUCAUCGUGAAAAACCGCGUUUUUUAUAUCACGUAGAGAUAUUUUGGUACGAGACAUUUUCAGCGAUUAGAGACGAAAUAGGGUUGACGAAUGAAUUGCGUGUAAAUCGGUUUAUUCGCGUAGAGUAAUUUAAAGGACGCGAACCGGAGAGCUUUAGCGGUGUUUAAGUUGUAAAAUGCAUAGAUCAACCCGCGAGUGAUUCAGAAGAUAUAUUAAACAGGCUAUCGUUCUGAAUCACCUGCGCGUUGCUUAAUAAAUAAGUUUUAAAGUCAGAAAUAGACUUGCCUAACGCUUUCUAAUAAGACUUAGAUUAUUAAACCUCGUGGCUGUUGACUUGUACAUAAAUCCCGUUAUUUUUUCACGUUCUUAUUAAAUGAUUUAGCAUUUAAGCGUAAGGUUCCUAGUCAUGGCGAUCGUUACAUUUAUAUUUUUUCGUGAUCGUUUUCAUUCGUACGAGUUAAGCGAGUCUGGUUCUGACUGAGCUCUAAUGAAAAAAAAAAUGAAGAAAAAGGGAACAGCGUUAUCCUGAUAUCGUUCUGUGCGUUCGUUUCUACGGGACAUUAGCAGUAUUUCUUGUCCUGAUUCGUUGAAACAAGAAUCGAUCUGGUUAAAGUAGGUCGUACGCAAUUUCGUCGCACCCUUUAACGAAUUAUUAUUAUCCACAGUUAAAAAAAAAAAAGAAACAGUCUCGUCUUCACGCUGUAUUACGAUACUCGACAGUCAAUCGAAUCUCUAAUUAAUUAGAGUUAACCUCGUAACGAUAGUCAAUAAUAAAAACAAAGGAUAAUGAACUGUAACGUUAUCUCGAGGCGAAUCGUUCCGCGUUGCGGCAACGAACCGCGGUGCAGGGAAACUUUUUAAUCAUCGUCGACAUAGAUUUUCAACUUCAUCAAUUAUCACAGAAGCGGAUAAUUCUCUCUAGAGCUCUUGCUCCGUCGCUCGACGGAGGAGAUCGAAAAUUCACCUCCUCUCUUAGUACGUUAAAUUUUACUCUAUUUCGUAUAUACAUAUUUUGUUGGUCGCGUGACAGAGUGAAAUUUCGACGACGAUCGUCGGCUCGCCUCGUACGGCGAAAGGCUUUCGGUUCGUUGCCGUUGUCGACGAACGUUUCGCCGUUUCAAAGAUGUUCUCGAAAUGAAUAGCGCAGCUUCGGGGCUUGCCGACGCGAUUUCCUCGACGCUUUUCUCGACAGAGAAAGGACACGAUAACGCGUGGAAUUCAUUGAACGAGCCGGGGGAGAAACGGUAUCGCAAGCCGCAGAACUGAACUCGCGAAUACAAACUAACGUUAGAUCGUCGCCGUAGUGUACUUGAACGCAAACAGAGAAAAAAAUACAAAAAAAGAAAAAUGAAAAAAGAGGUGGUAAUUAUUAACGAUAUUAACGGACAGUCGACACUAUUUUUUAGAUAUUGAAAUACGAUUUAAGCCAGGACCAAGGACGAUCAUGCCUCGUACGUUUCUCGGUCCAGAGGAGAGCUUCUUGUGCUUUUGUCCGGGAUAUGAAACACGCUUCUUUCUAUCGGCUGUUGCGCUAACAAUUUCCGAUCGAACCAAUGAGAAAUCGUGCACGUGUACGACGAUGGUCCGAGCGAUGCUUAAAAUCUUCAGUCACGAAACAAGAAUUGCACUGACCUAGAACAGGGUAUUUUAAAAAAUUAAAUACGCUUAGCGUUUCUUUCGUAGAGGCAAGGUGUCCUCGGAUUACCGACAAAAAGAUCACAGCAAUAUACAGGGUAUUAAAAAAUCCCUAAAAACCUCUACACCGUUGGAUAGAUCACAAAAAAUCGAAGCGAAAAGUUCUGUAGCAUUUUUCGAUGGGAUCAGUAGUUUAGCCACAUUUCGUUGUUGAAAAUUGAAAAUAUUGACCAAAUUGAGUCUCCACUAGACUCUCGGCGCAUGCGUAAGUGCGACGCACAGCGGCGCAUGCGUAAGUGCGAUGCACAGCCGCGCAUGCGUAAGUGCGAUGCACAGCGGCGCAUGCGUAAGUGCGACGCACAGCGGCGCGGCUCAUCAGCGGCACAGGAGGUUAGUUCCCUACUCCGCAUGUCAUGCCACUUUUCAAUUUUUCAAUUUUCAACAACGAAACGUGGCUAAACUAGUGAUCCCAUCGAAAAAUGGUAGAGAACUUUUCGCUUCGAUUUCUCGUGAUCUAUCCAACGGUGUAGAGGUCUUCAGGGAAUUUUUUAACACCCUAUAAAUGUAAAAGCUUAUCCUUAAUUUGAGAACACCCUGUGUUGUAUGGUUCGAGGUAACUCGACUGUUUGCAACAGGUCAGCUUAAUUAAUUUAUAUAAUCCAAAGGAAAUCUAUCUUGUUAAGCUAAAGCACACUCUUGUUACUUAAACGCCUUAUCACGGGUAAUUGAUCUAUAUUCGUGACAAUUUUUUUUUUAACGCCAGACACCGUAUCGUUUCGUUUUCAUUUAUUUCCUUCUUUCCUUUACAUCAUAGCUAAUUGCCCGGAGUUGCGUCGUACUCGUUACCGUCACGAAGCCUCGCUUAACAGAAUUUUCUAGUAGAUAAAAAGCAACCGACCCUUCCCAAGCACGAUUAAACGGUACCGUUGAUAUAAUGAAAGGAUACUUAUUGCCCCGUAGAUGUAAAGUUUGCCCGAUGGAUAAGUACAUUAAUGAAAAACGAGAAGAGAUUCUUUUCAUAGUUCUAUCGUGGCGAAAGGCUGAUAUUAUCGUUUCGACGCGUCGCUUAAUUAAAUAUUAAAAGAUUCUACAGAGGACCAAAGUACUUAAAACAUAAACUGUACGCCGAAACCGUGGCGCUCUUAAAACAGCGUUAAAUGUAAUUGAUAUCGCUUUCGUGCUGAUACACGUUGUCGAUAUACAACGGAAAUCGAUGGAAAAAGUGAAACAGGGAAAGAUCAAACGAGAAAUAAGCACAGAGCUUGCUGUUAACACGGUUAAAAAAAAAGAGAACAACGAAAAACAACGUGACAAAAAUUAUUGUCCGUGUACAUGUAACUUAAUUAAUUAAUUAAUUUCCUAGGGGACAGGCGCACGAUAUGCUAUGUGUAUAUGUGUAUGUACCAUGUAUGUUAGUCGAACAUGUUCUACGCAGAAACAUUUUCGCGGCAACGAUUGCCUCUGAUUAAUUUCAAAACGUUGCCGCACCAGUCGCCUGGAAAACGAGAAAAUGAAUGAUUUAAUCCGUCUAGCUCGUACAAUUGUUCAUUUCCUUUAGUACUUUCGAGAUUGAAAUCGUAAUUUAAUGCUUACACUGUAUACACGUAUUUAACCUUCCUUAUGCCUCGAGAGUCUUUACCAUAGAUUGAUACCGUUUCACGGAUCUUGCGAUUAUUAUCGAUCAGACUUCCGCUUCGUUUUCAAGGUUUUCUAAAUCUGUAGGUUAGAACGACGUUAUUCGUUGCGAGGCAGGGGAACGUGAAAAAUAAAUUAUCCAUUGCACGUUGAACGGGUAAUUUGCGGGCCACGGAUAAGAAAUAGGUUAACCUUUAAUAAAUGCAAUUAUGAAAUUAAUUAGAGCGCGAUCCGAGCUCACCUCCGUAUACACGAUAAUUUAGAAUUUCGCUCGAGUUUCAUGCAGAGUCGAUAAGUACGAAAACUGCACGUAAACUAAUGCCGUCGGAAUCGUUUCACAUUCACAUACGCGCGCGCACGCUGAACCAGCGGAACGAGCUGAAAAAUGUAAAAAAAAAAAGAAAAACAAUAAACCAGGAGAGAAGCAGGCAUGAUCAUCAGUAAACCUGGCUUUUGUGAAAAGGACAAAAAAAAAUGAGGAAAAAGAGGAAAAGAUGACAAAAAAAAAGGGAAAAACGUAAAGUAAAGAAAAAACAUAGAGUUUAGAUUAGUGUGAUACAAGGUACGACAAAGCAAUAAUUUAGUGAUUGUAUGAUAUAUUUGAUUAGUGACUUAGCGAGCUAAGUUUAAUGGUAAACUUUCGGAACUUAUAAAUACCUACUUGAUAAAUAUUAUAGUUUUGUAGAAACACUGAGAAUAUUUGCCACUUGAGAGAUGAGAAGAAAAAAAAACGCUGUCUUGGGAUCAAAGAUAUAGCGACAAACGUCGAGAAAGAAUUAGUGAAAUGUGCAAUCUAUGGUCGGCUUACAUGACCCACGAUAAUGUUUUUUAACCAUUUUCUUAACCUCGAAAUUUUCCUCUGUUUCUUUUCAAAUUGCGCGUCGACGAGGAUUCUGCAACAAAUUGAAAAGUAAAUGAUUUUUAUCUUUCAAAUUGUUUCUAUAAAAAAAAUUCAAACCACUAUAGCAAUCCAAGCGAAACAGUAUUUUUACCGAUGCGCGAAUCGUGUUGGUGCCAAAAUGUCAUUAUGAUUCGAUGAUCGAUUGCUUCGAAGAAUCACAGAAACUCAAUAAAUGGAACAAUUAAGGUGCUAAUCUGCAAUACAAAGCGGAAUAAGAAUUUUAAUGAUUCGUGAACAUUCGCGAUCAGAAAAAAUGGCGAUGUAGGGGAAACAGGAAUUCUUAAAAUCUUCAUUUCGACGAUACUAAUAAUUAAUAGUAAUAUAGAAACAAAAUAAUACAAUUUUUAAUUAUUAUAUAUUAUAGAAUUUAGUAUAUAACUGAGAAAUAUAAAUAAUAAGGUAAAUGGUAAUUCAAAUUUUCCCGCGUAAACCUUUACAUACGAGUGGUGGGGCGCCACGGAUCUAUAUAUACGGGACCUUCUCCCCUGCAUCGUCAUUCUCUCCGAGGAUGCCCAUGGGUAAGGGUUGUAACGUAAGGUAUCGCUUCUUCUGGGGAAGCCUGAUUUGACCGUUUCAACAACGCGUAUACAACAGGAAUUUGGAAUAGGACUGAAUUCUUCCCAACCAAGAUGUGAUACUUUGCUUUCCAAGACCAAAUCUGCAGCAAAUUUCAAUAGCACGGUGACUACAGAUCUAUAAACUGAACAUGCCUUUGUUUUCGAGGGUCAUGAUUCAGGGGAUCCUAAACACCCCCAGGACCGCCAUAAUUUCAAAAUUCGACACCAGAGCCAUCUAUUCAAAACUGGCGGAAACUACUGGAUGAUAUACCGACCUAGAUUUUUGGGGUCCCAGGCACCCCAGUGCACAGUUAGGGCUAUAUCUACAGAACACAGUUGGUAUGCCAAUCCUUCUGUUUCACCAGUCCUUCGUUUACCGCACCUCCCACAGACUAUUGCAAACAUACAAUAUUUACUCCCUCUGACUCUAUUUUUUAUAAAUUAAUUAAAAUAAGUACAAGACCAAAACAUUAUCAAAAUAAUUGUAAGACAAACUUGUAUUCACUUUAUGCUUAGUAAAUAAAUCAUCUUAAAAAGCAA